AUGGAUUCAACUGACACUAACGGCAGGUUGUCGCCGCCGUUCAAACGCCAAAGAACAGUGUCGCCGUCUCCACCAUUCCUUGAUCGCGAAAUCUUCGAAGACGCGGUCGCUUCUAGGGUAGCAUCGAGCGUCCCUUCACCUCCGACCUUGCCAGAUGUGAAUGCCCUGCGCAAACAGGGCUCCAGGCCGAACUACAGGUUAAAAUACACACUUACAGGGCACAAUGGAGGUGUAUCCAGUGUCAAAUUUAGUCCUGAUGGGAAAUGGAUAGCUAGCGUUUCUGCGGACAAAAGUCUGCGAGUGUGGGAUUCACGAACGGGGGAGCUCGAGCAAAUUUUCGAAGCUCACACGGCUGGCGUAUCCGACGUUGCAUGGUCUCCGGACUCAAAAACUCUUGCGACGGGGUCUGAUGAUAAAACAAUAAGGCUGUGGGAGCUCAAGUCGGGGCGAAUGAUUAGAAUCUUGAAAGGCCACCAUAAUUACGUAUACUGCCUCAAUUUCAAUCCGCAGGGUAACAUGAUUGUCAGUGGGUCAUAUGAUGAAGCCGUUCGAAUAUGGGACAUCCGAUCAGGAAACUGCCAGAAGACCCUCCCGGCGCAUCAGGAUCCAGUCUCGGGGGUCGAUUUCAUACGCGAUGGCACUAUGAUUGUGUCCUGCUCCCACGAUAAACUGAUACGGAUAUGGGAUACGAAUACCGGCCAAUGCUUGAAGACAUUAGUUGAAGAGGAACUCCCGCCGGUGAGCUGCGUUAGGUUCAGCCCAAAUGGAAAGUAUAUUCUUGCCAGCACCCUAGAUUCCAGCAUAAGACUCUGGGAUUAUCUCCGGGAUGGCGGCAAAGUAUUGAAAACCUAUCUGGGCCAUGUCAACGCGAAGUAUUCCAUAUUUUCAGCGUUUUCAAGAGAUGGAAAGCUCAUAUUCUCCGGGUCUGAGGAUUCGGCAAUAUACAUUUGGGAUGUACAAACGAAGGAAGUCCUCCAGGUCCUUCGAAGUCACGAGGAUGUCGUCUUGGGCAUUAGCGCUCACCCUAGCGAGAACUUAUUGGUGUCUUCCAGUUUGGAUGGCACAGUCAAGAUCUGGGCAGAUGAGGAAACUACCUGA